CCUGAUUAUUUUAGUCACUGUGGGUGCCCGCUAGCAGUGGAUUCCAGUGUUGAGUGUUCCGUCGUGAAGGGGUGUCGUGUCUAGUAACACGCCCCUCCCUGUCCUGGAAGUACUUUGUUUAGGGGUUGAAGAAAAACAAAGAAAGUGGUUACAACACGAGGAGACUCCCCCUACAGUCACAAAGGAACAUAUAUUUUUUCGUUGUUACAAUCAAUUGGAUAUAUAAUAUACAGUAUAUAUAUUUCAUUGAAUAAUCAGCUGCUUUUUAAGACAGCUGUAAAUAAUAUAAGAUAUAUUUUAUAUAUCUUUUGUACACAUAAAAACUAUUACAUGAGUAUUCUCAUACAUAUAAUUUACACAAUCUUCUGUAAAUUAUAUAUUUAUACAUUGUUUCAUUAUUGUUUUGAAUCAUUAACAAAUUAAGUAAAAAAAAAAAAAACGAAAACAAUUACGGGAUAUAUUUACAAGUUUAUACGGAUGAAAGAAACUAUUAUUAUUAUUGAUCAACUGUUAAAACAAGAGUUUUCUAGCACCUUAGUAUCAUCGUCUUAAAAGCAACCACCUGCGACUUAAUUACGAGAUCUAAAGCGAUCUCAUGCAAAAUCGGACGCCUCAUUAAUAGGUAAAAACCAUUAUUUCAACACCACAUGACACUGACUAACAAACUGUUUUAAUUAUUUCAUUUGUGGAUAAAAUAUAUGAAUAUGUAUACGUAAAAUUAUCUUAGUAUUUUUUUAUUGUAUAUAUGUACAUAGUUGUAUUAUAUGUAACCUAACACCUUUACUGUGAAGGUUACACUAGUCUGUUCAUAUAUAUAUAUAUAUAUAUGUAUAUAUACAUAUAAACUCUAUGUCUGUGAUUGUUUUAUAAUUAUUUGAUUCUACAUACCUCUGUCCGCUGCCAAAAUGAAUCCCAUAGAAUACAAAAUGUGGCGAAAACUGGUGUUGUUUUGGCUGAUGGCUAACAGUUAACAUAGUUUUUUUAAGAGUCAUAAUGGAAUCGUACACAGAGAAAGCCACUACCGCCACUGCCAGUACCAAGACCGCAACAUCUGCUAGAAUUAACACUGUACAAAAGAUGAAUGCCAUAAUGAUUAUUGCAGCUGCAUCUAUGAAAUCUAUGCCUUGAUGUCUCUUAGCCACCACCUUUAAUUAUUCGCACCUAUUGCAUUUGUAUUCUAAUAGUAACCUUAAUCUUUUUUGUAUUAGUUUCCAAUCCACUCAACAGCUUGUUGCUUACCCUAUUUCAGUAAUAGUUUGAAUAAUUCAUUACAUACUUAGUACCUUUUAAUUACCUUUCGAAAUACCAGACAUAUCUGAGACAAACUUUUUUCAUAUGUUAUAAGAACUACAUAUACACUGGUGGUACAUAGACUCCUAAUGUAUAAGAUAUAGAUAGUGAUAUGUUCAAACACACCUUUAUACAUAAAUAUUAAAUAUCUUUAUAUAAAUAUAUAUAAAAUUUAUUUAUUGAAUCAAGUUAUGAGCCAAAUUGAGAAAACAGUAUUUUGUUAAAGGAUCUGUAUAUAAAAAUAUUCAGAGGAGACACAAAAGGGCAUUUAAAUAGUGUAAAAGUUAAGACAAGCGGCACAAUUAUUUGGCAUUGUUAUAGCUAUUUCUCAUGUUCAAGUCAUUAACGUCAUCAAGAGCAUUAUAUCAUCAUCAUCAUCAUUGUUGAUAUCACCAUCAUUUAACUCUGGAUACCACGAGGGCAGCAACCUUACAUUCCAAUCGACAAUCUGACGAAACUUUCAUUUGCGUUGUAUCAUAGAUGAAAAUAGUGCAGGAAUCUUUAGCAAUACAAUAAUAAUAAUUAAUUAAUAAACUGUCCGUUAUUCCGACAAGCUGCUGUUUGUAAACAGUAAAACCUAGAUAUCCCUUGAUUUACAUCAUCUUUAACUCGCCACGUAUCAAGUGCAGAUUUUUCUUUUGUAAAUACACACACACACACAUGUAUAUAUAAUAAACUGUUAUAAAUCUUUGUAUUAUAUACAUACUUAAUUUAUAUUUCUUCUCUGUCUAUAUAUAUAUUUAUUUAUAUAUAGACAGUCACAUCCUCAUUCAACUUGCUACCUUAUUUUCUGGCAAAACUUUGUUCACGGUUAUUUAUAAAGGGAGAUCUUCGCGUGGUCCUAUCUAUGACUGACUCCUUCAGUUUGCACUGCACCCCUAUGAGUGGGUUCUCUCGAUCCCGCCCUAGAACACCGUCAUAUUAUGCAUCCCCUCGGGAGGAAAAAACUGCCGAGGUUGUGGAUCCCACACCGGCGACUAACCCGGGUAAUCUUAGUCCCGACUUACAACCAUCAUACACACCGGACUUUCCUAAGGCCUGCGGGAACUUACAACUGGAAAAAUAUACUCUCAUAGAACUGCGUGAAUAUAAAGACCGGAAUGUUUACAAGGCACACAACACACAUACCAACAGAGAAUCCAUUUGUAAAGUGUUUCCUGUUGAACGGUAUCGAGAGGUGCUUAGUACAUACUGGCAGGUGGACUGCCAUUCGAACAUAUCAGGAGUGGAAGAGGUGAUACUCGACAAGAAUGGCGUCUACCUGUUUUUCAAAACCAACUAUGGUGACCUGCACUCGUACGUGCGGCAAAAGAAACGGUUGAAAGAAGCCGAGGCUUGUCGUUUGUUCCGACAAGUGGUGGAGGCUGUAGCGCACUGCCAUGAACAUGGAGUUGUACUGCGUGAUCUCAAGCUUCGCAAGUUUGUCUUUGCCGAUCCAGAAAAGACACAUCUCUUAUUAGAAGGACUUGAAGAUGCUUGCCUUCUUGAAGAUGAAUCAGACGACAGGUUAACAGACAAACAUGGCUGUCCUGCCUAUGUGAGCCCUGAAAUUCUCAGUACCGCAACUGAAAGUUACUCUGGCAAAGCAGCAGACAUAUGGAGCCUUGGCGUCAUGUUAUACACCAUGAUUAUCGGCCGUUACCCUUUCCAUGAUACUGAGCCCAGUGCUCUAUUCGGCAAGAUCCGUCGAGGGCAGUAUUCACUGCCAGACAUUCUUUCAUCAGGUGCCAAAUGUCUAAUUCGUAACAUGUUACGGCGCGAUCCUACUCAAAGACUUACUGCCGAUGUUUCUCUAUUACAUCCUUGGCUUGCCGGCCAUUGGCCAAGUAGUUCGGUCAGCCAAACAUGUGUUGACCGAAGACAGACAACAGAUCAGACCGUCCCAAAUAUCAAAUUAACAGAAUUAAAAGAUGAUUUAUUUGACUGAAAAAAUUUUUUCUUUUUUUAUUUAGGAUCUUUUUUUCCUAAGAAUUUAAACAAAAAAUUAACGUUUUUAUUUGGCGGGGAAUGUAGAUUAUAUUUUCUUCUCUCUUUCUCCAACUGUAAGGAAAUCAUCAAGAUAUUCCUCUCCACUCAACCUUCAGGAGCAGUUUCCCUGGGUCAACUACACACACAUACACACACACACACACCUUCAUUUACAUCUUCAUUCCGAGUAGCUUUCUCUUUUUUGUUUUUUUUUUCCUUGUCUAUUAUUGGGUAUGAACAACCGUGAUAGGCUCAGUGUGGGUGUAAAGACACAA